UAUGAUCACCGUUGCUGUGGUUUUGACGGUGUUGUGCCUCGUCUUCAGCCCUGCCGAGGGUAGGAAAACUGUGAUAGAUUUCGAAAAGGUGGAGAACUGCAAGGGUUUCAAAGGGCUGGCAGUGCUGGAAGGCAUAGAAAUCGUCAACCUCGGACUGCGCGGGACAGGGCUCAACGCUUUGGUGAACAUCACAGGGCCAAUCCCUGACAAAAUAAAGGCGAGUGUUGACGCUAGUAAGUGCAAGUCGGCCGAGGAUGGGGAAUGCGAGCACUUCGUUCAUACGAAUCACGACUUCUGCCAGUUGUUGAGGGACAAAAAACAGUUUUACACCCCCCUGUUCGACGCCGUCACCCCGCGGCCGUUUUGCCCCGUCAAAAAAGGAGUGUUCCGGGUGUCGAAUGCGACCAUGGCGUCGAACGAGGUAGUCUCGUUAAUCAAAUUCGUGCCCAGCUAUAUGAACAUCCACUGGCGAAUCACGGUGAAAGCCUAUCCGGCGAAGAGCAAAGAGGUCCUCCUGUGCAUAGUCAUAACUUUCAAACUGAAAGACCUCCGCGAAUGAAACUGAACGUCCGUACUCACUGCGUUUUUCAUUCAUUCAAAAGAAUGGACAGUCAUCGUAAUGUUAAAAACUAAAAAUU